CCAUCUGCGAAACAUGCCCGGAAAGAGCAAUUGGGGAGGAUACGGUUCUUUUGACGAAUGAAUCUUGGUGCAUCUGGAGGCCACCUGCAACCCAGAGGGAUGGAACGGGGAGCUCCGCUGCCGUGCAUGGGAAUGAGAUGGGGGUGCGGCGAUCUCAUGGGAGCGUUGUAGAGUAUGAAUGAAAUGUAGGAACGAUUGGAUGGGAGUAUGUGGCCUUUCUGUUUCAGUCCUCCAGGUCGCCGCGACUGUCUGCUCUGUCCGUGUCGUACUUGAAGACAGACGCGUCGUAGGACGGUUAGCCAUUUCUUUCUCAUCGAGACAAGUCGCGACCAGCCAUAUACGCGCAUACGAGAUUACCGGUCUCUGUACCCUUUGACAAAACUAUAUCCAUCAUCAGCAGACUGCGAUACUGACCAGAAACUAGGCGCGAUGCACAAGUUCGGUCAAUUACUAUCAUCAGUGGUGACUGAAUCACCACUUCCAUACCCGACACUCACUGGUCCCUCUCACUGGAAUUGGAAUUUUGUUCCACGAUCGACGCUGGCUUCUGCGUCCUCGCUUAGCGCGACCCUGGCCCCCGACAAUCUCUGGAACGAAUCUCUGGAUGAUACUAUAGUUCAUCCGGCGACUCUCGCGUUCGAGUCCCUCUCCUCGUCGCCCUCGCCCUCGCCCCGUCCCAUUUCGAAACCCCCGUCCAAGUCUCGCACCUAUCGUUCAAAGCCUGUAGAAUCCAUCAAGGAGGAGCCGGGAUCCCCCAGAUUUAUUAUCGAACCUCUGCUCGCUGUGGGGCGAUGUUCGCCUUUCCCGGAGCACGCUCAUUCUCCUGCCCAGUCGGAACUAAUAGGCCGGUCGCUGCUCUCUCAGUCUCUUGCGCCCCCGACGCAGGUCCCCCUCCGUGCCACGCAAGCCAACGACGACAUGCGCAGUAUGAUGGGCGUGUUCCGCCUCAAUCCUUUCACUAUACACGGUGGAAAUCCAUCGACCACCCUUACCUGGUGCGGGGAGGAAGCAGGACCUCUCGAGUCGAUGCCUGUAAUGCUACCUGAGUGGCAAAUUCCCAGUUACGAUGCUGGGAUCUUCAGCUCUGAGCUACCAGAGCUCACUCGCGUAGACGUCGGCAAGCUAGAAAGGUUAUCGCCUAGUUUUGAGGCUGCGGGAGUCAAAAGAAAGCGUGAUGAUUAUGAGGAAGGUGACGACGAUGAAAGACCAAGUCAAAGGUAUAAGUUGACGGAGGCCAUCUUCACUUCCGAGUCGCCGAGUGCAGAAUACUCCACGGCCGAGAGCCUCGAGAGCCUGGUUCAUUCCUCGCCAUCUUCUUCGCCUAUACCCGUGGCCGCACCAACAUCAGUUGUCGCCCCCAUCCCAUCCCAGACCCCAUACGAAUAUUCCCUCAAGCAAGAAUCUGACUUUGACGACUGGGGCAGAAGAUGUCUUCGUAAUCCCAGUGAACCGAGUUAUAAGUGCAACUCUUCGUCGUCCUUGGCAGGAUUCAUGGGUGAUACUGUACCGUCGCGAGUUUCUCCUCUGCCAUCCAGGAGAAAUUCAUCCGACUCUUCGUUAAUUCCGCCUCUAUCCAAUGCAUGCGUGGAAAGGGCUGUAGAUGUCCAAUUCAAGGGAAUCGCACCCAUGCUCAACCAACCCAGCCAAGCCCUCGUCAACAACAGUACCAUACCUCGUAAUACUAAUGCUCUUCCUUAUCAUCAAUGGCACCGGCGUUCAGAUGCGUGCACCCCCGCUUCAUCGUCAACGGCAGUAAUGUCCGCGACGUGCAGGUUCCCGACGAUGUACCAACAGCAAUGGGAGCAAGUACAGCAGCCCGUUGCUCGAUCGUCGCAGUCGUCUAGAAGCAGCGUCUCCUCAGGCACUCCGUCUUUGACCUACGACAUGACAAGACCCGGUUCUGCACCAUACACGACUCCAGCAUCGAACUACAGCUUGUAUGCCGGUGACAGCUCUGCAUCGGAUCCAUUGCAUGAACCGUCGUACACCGUUAAUUCUUACUCCCAUCCGACCUCGGAUCCAAAUCGCAGUACUACGUCCAUGAGGCGUAUGCCGUAUCAUCUUUCAUCUCCGUUUUCCAGUAUUGGCAUGGAGAUGGUUAGUCAUGUUCGAGGGAGUGCAGAGAGCGCCACGUUUUAUGGAUAAUAAAUAGGCGUUGAGAUACUUCCCUCGGGGAUUUCGGUCAUAGUCAGUCGCAUGUAUGGACGAUAUUCAGCUUUCCAAUCUCGCAUACGCGAUCAAUGUGUACUCUUACUUCUUUGCUUCCCUCAUCUUUGAAUCUAGUAGUAGUAGUAGUAUAAUCAGGCAAUUUAUGGAAUGUACACGUAGAACAGAUUUCAUUUUACUCCUCAUAAUAAAGCAUGACCGCAUUUUACGCAUUCGCCGGAAUUGGCAGAGUAGUAACGUUACGUUGAUCCGCGUUCGGGAGGUGGCAGAAUGAGAUUGGGAGAUUGAGUGUAUUAUGCCUGACCCAUGAAGAU